GGUAAAAAGCCUGGAGUAACAUAGUAAACAUAAUUUUGAUGGGGGGUCAAGCAUCAAUUACAUUCUUCGUACAUUUGAUUUGUGCGUGUUCUGCUCCACCCGAUCCCCCCACCUUCGCCUGCUUAUAUCUCUUACCUCUCUCUCUGUCUAUCUAUGUAUAUCUGCUGGAUUCUUGCUGCUAGCUGGCCCGUCUCUGCCGCCGGUGAGACCUAUGAUAUCGCCCUGAUAGUCGGCGGAUCUUCCACACUUGUUAUCUUGAGACCCUUUUCCUUUAUCGUGCCUAAAAUCCCUGAUACUUCGGUUUUGUUGGCCUGUGGUCGCUGAAGAUCGGAGCUUCUUUUACUGGAUUGCGCUUGACUUUCAAUGUGCGGGUCCCUCGAGAAUUUUCUUCGAGUGUGCAUUUUUGGGAGGGAAUCUGCGGCUAAUCCCCGAACAAUUCUGGCUCAUUCUGGGAUAGAUUUUUGGCAAUUUUACUUCUGUUUUAGUUUCCAUUGAGUACUGCUGCGGGCUUUUCAUAUUCUUUUUUUUAUUGGGAAAGGUUGCAUUACGUGAUCAUAGGAUUGGUCGAAAUCAACGUAGUGUACCAGCAGAAAUUGCAGUUGAGAGAUUGUAUGGGGUUCUUGACAUGUGCAGAAUAGAGGGUUGUGAGGAGAGUAAUAGGAGGAGGAGGAGAAGGUGGGGAAUAAUGGGGCUUAAAACGGCGGCAUCAUUUGGAGGGGGGAGAUUGGAGAAGCUGAGGAAUAGUGGGUUGGUGUCGCGGUCUAGGAUGAAGCUUUGGAUGAUAAGGGCAGCUACCACGGUUUUGCUCUGGACUUGCUUAGUUCAGUUAACGGCCGUCAGUGAAACUUGGGGGCCUCGUGUGUUAAAGGUUUGGCCCUCUUGCUUCUCCCAAGAAUCCGCAGUUGCUGUUGCUUUAAAUGUUCAGUCAUCGCCACAAUUCUCUGUUACAGUUCGUCCACCCAAGAGGGUUUACAAGAACAAUGGUUACCUGAUGGUCUCGUGCAAUGGAGGUCUUAAUCAAAUGCGGGCAGCGAUAUGUGACAUGGUUGCGAUUGCUAGAUAUUUGAAUGUUACGUUGAUUGUUCCUGAGCUUGACAAGACAUCUUUCUGGAAUGAUCCUAGUGAGUUUCAAGACAUAUUUGACGUUGAUCAUUUUAUUACGUCCUUGAGAGAUGAAGUACGGAUACUGAAGGAGCUACCACCAAGGGUCAAGAGGAGAGUAGAGCGGGGAGCAAUACAUACCAUGCCCCCUGUUAGUUGGUCUGACAUCUCUUACUAUCAGAAUCAGAUUCUUCCUCUGAUUCAUAAAUAUAAAGUUGUCCAUUUGAAUAGAACAGAUGCUCGGCUGGCCAACAAUGGCCAGCUCUUGGAGAUUCAGAGGCUCCGUUGCCGAGUAAACUUUAAUGCUUUAAGAUUUACCCCUCAGAUAGAAGAAUUGGGUAGAAAAGUUGUCAGAAUUCUUAGGCAAAAUGGUCAGUUCUUGGUACUUCAUCUCAGAUAUGAGAUGGACAUGUUAGCCUUUUCUGGUUGUACCCAGGGUUGCAAUAGUGAGGAGGCGCAACAGUUAACAAGAAUGAGAUAUGCCUAUCCUUGGUGGAAAGAGAAGAUCAUAGAUUCUGAUUUGAAAAGGAAAGAUGGUCUGUGUCCUUUGACACCUGAGGAAACUGCACUUACACUAAAAGCAUUGGAUAUUGAUCGUAAUAUCCAGAUUUACAUAGCAGCUGGGGAAAUAUAUGGUGGAAAAAGAAGACUGUCUACUCUUGCAGUAUCUUAUCCAAAAUUGGUCAGGAAGGAGACAUUGUUGGAUUCUUCAGACCUUCGGUUUUUCCAGAAUCACUCAUCUCAAAUGGCUGCACUGGAUUAUCUUGUCUCGCUUGAGAGUGAUAUCUUUGUUCCUACAUAUGAUGGAAACAUGGCUAAAGUUGUUGAAGGACAUCGCAGAUUCCUUGGAUACAAGAAAACAAUUUUGUUAGACAGAAAGCUACUAAUUGAUUUCAUAGAUCGGUACAACUCAGGGUCACUCACUUGGGAUGAGUUCUCUGCUGCGGUUAGGAAUGCUCAUGCCGAGCGCAUGGGACACCCAACCAAAAGGUUAGUGAUCCCAUAUAGACCUAAAGAAGAGGACUAUUUCUAUGCAAACCCCUGGGAGUGUUUGCAACCGUUAGCCGAAGAUGAAACACUAACUACCAUUUGAAUCUUCUUAUUGUUUCUAGUAUUUGUCUAAGAAAUCAAUGCAGUUAGUACGAUAGACGUAGAAACAGUAGUCAUCACUACGAGCAUCGUAGAGAAAAUGCAGCACCGCUGUUUUUAGGAUACUUUGUUGAAAUUUGUAGGAGGAGGUGCACUCCAACAAAGCUGAAGAAGUUUGGAAGCAACUGGUUCACAUUUUUAACACAAGUCAAUAAAUAUGCAAUUCUUGUAUAGAAUCUGCCCUGCCAUUUAAGGGUUUAUGUUCACUCAGUCUGCUUUUGUACAAAGAGGGAUGCAAAUAUAGAUUCAUUUCUUGAA